AUGAUUACUUCACGGUUUCUCUCUGCUGUCACUUUUGUGCUUCUCAUUAAAGAAAGUGGAGCCUGGUCUUACAACGCCUCCACGGAAAGCAUGACUUAUGAUGAGGCCAGUACUUAUUGUCAGCAAAGGUACACACAUCUGGUUGCAAUUCAAAACAAAGAAGAGAUCAAGUACCUGAACUCCAUAAUGAGCUACUCACCAAGUUAUUACUGGAUUGGAAUCAGAAAGGUCAACAACGUGUGGGUCUGGGUAGGCACCCAGAAGCCUCUGACAGAAGAAGCCAAAAACUGGGCUCCAGGUGAGCCGAACAAUAAGCAAAAUGACGAGGACUGCGUAGAGAUCUACAUCAAGAGAGGCAAAGAUGAGGGCAUGUGGAAUGAUGAGAGAUGCAGCAAAAAGAAACUUGCCUUGUGCUACACAGCUGCCUGUACCAAUGCAUCCUGCAGCGGCCAAGGCGAAUGUAUAGAGACCAUCAAUAACUACACUUGCAAGUGCUACCCUGGCUUCAGUGGACUCAGGUGUGAACAAGUUGUGACCUGUGAAGCACAGGAAGCCCCUGAGCACGGAAGUCUGGUUUGCACCCACCCUGUGGGGAGCUUCAGCUACAAUUCCUCCUGCUCUGUCAGCUGUGAAAGGGGCUACCUGCCAAGCAGCACGGACACCACGCAGUGUACGUCCUCCGGAGAAUGGAGCGCUCCUACUCCAGCCUGCCACGUGGUUGAGUGUGAUGCUUUGACAAAUCCUGACAACGGGGUGAUGGAAUGUUUCCAAAGUCCUGGAAGUUUCCUGUGGAACACAACCUGCACAUUUGCCUGUGAGGAAGGAUUUGAACUAACAGGAGCCCAGCACCUCCAGUGUACCUCAUCCGGGAAUUGGGAUAACGAGAUACCAACAUGUAAAGCCGUGACAUGCGAUGCUAUCCACCAGCUUCAGAAUGGCUCUGUGAGCUGUAGCCACUCUCCUGCAGGACAGUUCACCUCUAAGUCAUCCUGCAACUUCACCUGUGAGGAAAGCUUCAUGUUGCAGGGGCCAGCCCAGGUUGAAUGCACCACACAAGGGCAGUGGACACAGCAAAUCCCAGUCUGUGAGGCUUUCCAGUGCAGAGCCUUGUCCAGCCCAGAGAGAGGCUACAUGAAUUGUCUUCCUAGUGCUUCUGGAAGUUUCCAAAGUGGGUCCAGCUGUGAGUUCUUCUGUGAGCAGGGAUUUGUGCUGAAGGGAUCCAAAAGUCUCCAGUGUGGCCUCACAGGGGAGUGGGACAGCGAGAAGCCCAUAUGUGAAGCUGUGAAAUGUGAUGCUGUCCGCCAUCCCCCAAGUGGCUCAGUGCAGUGUACUCAUUCCCCUACUGGAGAAUUCACCUACAAGUCCUCUUGUGCCUUCAGCUGUGCGGAAGGCUUUGAAUUACAUGGAUCAGCUCAACUUGAGUGCACAUCUCAGGGACAGUGGACACAAGAGGUCCCCUCUUGCCAAGUGGUACAAUGUUCAAGCCUGGAAGUUCCAGGAAAGAUCAACAUGAGUUGCAGUGGGGAGGCUGUGUUUGGUGCCAUGUGCAAGUUUGCAUGUCCUGAAGGAUGGAUGCUCAAUGGCUCUGCAGCUUUGACGUGUGGUGCCACAGGACAGUGGUCUGGGAUGCUGCCUACCUGUGAAGCUCCCCCUGAGUCCAGCAUUCCCAUGGCAGUUGGACUUUCUGCUGCUGGAUUCUCGCUCCUGUCAUUAGCAUCAUUUCUCUUCUGGCUUCUGAAAUACUUCCGGAAGAGAGCAAAGACAUUUAUUCCUGCCAGCAGCUGCCAAAACCUUCAAGCCUAUGGAAACUACCAAAUGCCUUCUGACUUCCUUUAA